AAACCAUUGUUGGGUGGGAUUCCCCCUUUCUCUCAUCUGUCUUGUCUCAUUGAGUCAAGUGGAUACAUUGUUGGUCCCUUUUCUCAGCUCCUGACCAAAUGUUUCAGUCUCGGCCAUGCAUCUGAAGCUUGCUUCAGGAUCAACAAGGGAGUCAUGAAUGCUUGAGUGUUGAGACACUGAGAGAUACUUUGGCAUACUUGUAGUGCCUCGGGUAUCUCCCUCAUCGCCCCUAACCGACCAAUCUCCGACCCGAGGGAGGGUCAAAGCCCAACGAACACCAUGGAACCGCUACAGGUCGUCCUCAGCCUCCGGCCAAACUCUUCGUGGCCCUACAGCACCGAGGAGCCUCCUCUUCUGUCUCCAAGCGCCUACACUGCUCUGGCCGUGCUCAUGGGGUUGGUCUCGGCGGCGGGGAUCCUUCUCAACCUACUGGUGGUGGUGGUGACGGUGAAACACCGGCAGCAGCGGCAGCCCCUGAGCUACGCCCUCGUGAACCUGGCCGUGUGCGACCUGGGCUGCGCUGCGUUCGGAGGCGUGCCCACCACCGUGGCCAACGCCAUGGGCUACUUCAGCAUGGGCCGGCUGGGCUGCGUGCUGGAGGGCUUCGCUGUGGCCUUCUUCGGCAUAGCGAGUCUGUGCACAGUGGCUGUGAUCGCAGUGGAACGCUACAUGGUGGUCUGUCGACCCAUGGGGGCUGUCAAGUUUCAGACCAGGCAUGCGGUGGGGGGAGUGGUGCUCUCUUGGCUGUGGUCCUUCCUGUGGAACACGCCGCCGCUGUUCGGCUGGGGCAGCUUCCAGCUGGAGGGCGUCAAGACCUCCUGCGCCCCUGACUGGUUCAGCCGGAAUUCGGGGAACAUGUCCUACAUCGCUAUCUACUUCCUGCUGUGCUUUGCCCUGCCCUUCUCUGUCAUCCUGCUGUCCUACUGCCAGCUCCUGCGGACCCUGAGACAGGUCUCCAGGCUCCAGGUCUCCCUGGGGGGUAGUACCAACCGUGUGGAGCUGCAGGUGGCACGCAUGGUGGCCCUCAUGGUGUUAGCCUUCCUGGUAGCGUGGCUGCCCUACGCCGCCCUGGCACUCACCGUCAUGCUGGAUCCCAGUCUGUACAUCAGCCCUCAGAUCGCCACUGUACCCGUGUUCCUGGCCAAGAGCAGCACCAUGUUUAACCCCAUCAUCUACAUCUUUAUGAACCGACAGUUCAGGGACUGCACUGUCCUGACUCUCCUGUGUGGAUGGAAUCCCUGGGCCUCAGCACAGGACAGUAUAGCGGGAGACAAGACCGUUUAUACUCAAAGCAAUACGCGUAAACAUUCAAACAAAGAUGUGGAGGGAGAAGGACUUUGUUAGUGUCGUGUUCAAAGCCUUGUUUAUAUGUGUGCCAGCAAAAUCGUGAUGAUGUAAUGAUUGAAUGGUUGUUUGUGGAGUUGACUUUAGAGUUUUCAUGUUUUUGUAUCACUAAAAUGUGUGAUUCGUCUGUGGUUGUGUUAUGAUGUUGUUAGUGUUAUAGUGUGGUCUAUAUUCCAGGACACACUUAUGUAGCCCUUUAAUAGUGACCUAAAUCUAAAUUGAUUUGGGUUUUAAGCUUCAGAUCCGUGGGGAGAUUACUGUCUCGGUUUAAAGCUUUUAUAUUUUACAUACUAAUAUCGAUACUGAAACUUGACUUCAUUUAUACAACUCAUAAGAAAGGGGAGGAACGUAAAGUCAUGCUAACAUGGAAUAGUGAAAAAGUGAACUGCUUCCAUCAUUUGUUUGCUUUUAGAUACAACUAUAUAGCCAAAUAUGAAAUAUUCAUGACUCCAAAGUCCUUAGUGCUUUAAGCUGCAUAUCCGAUAAGAGUGGAGACACCAGAGCUGGCCAGCUGCUAUACCAACCCGUCUGAUCCCAUUAGCUUCAUGUAUUAUGGAAGCUCUCUUCAUCUGGCAGCCCCUUGAGAAAGGUGCUUUAGUAAUGAACCCUGAUUACCACUGCCUCAAAUCUACUUAGUUCCUGGAUUGGUGCAUUUAAGGUUUGCUCCAUACCCUACCGUCAAUCAAUCAUUUCAAUCAUUUCAAAUUACAAAAAAAGGACGUCCACAACUUUCUUCAACAUAUUUCUUUUAAUUAGAAGUACAGAACCUGACUUUCUUUUCAAGGUCUGUGCUUUAACACCCUCCUCUCACUUCAGCCUCAAUUCUAUGAACUCUAUGGCUUUCAUUGUAAAAAAAAGAAAAGGAAAAGAAAUCAAAUCAAAUAAUAAAAUCAGCAAAUAUUCGG